AUGAUGUCCCAGUCCCUCCGAGCAUCGCGCUCUCUGCUCACCCGAGUCACCCGGCAGUCCGGUGCCGUUUCUCGCCGGACCUUCCUGACCACUGCUGCCCGUCGGGCCGACCCGGUGCAGGACCUGUACCUGCGUGAACUCCGUGCCUACAAGCCCACGCCGCCCAAGCCAGGCGAUGCCGAGGCCCACGUCCAGAAGUUCACCGUGCCGACGCCGCCUCCCUCGCCCGAGGAGGCCAACCUCGCCAACGAGCUGAAGGCGUACGAGAGCCAGGAAGUGGAGGUGGAAGGCCAGGCUGCGGCUGGCGAGCCCGCCCCGGUUGAAGAGAGCUGGUUCGAGGAGGAAGAGGACGAGGCUCCUGCUGCUCACUAA